AGAAUAUUGCUCUUCCUACACAAGACAAUGUCCACAUCUAUCGUUCGUACUAUAAAGAACAUUUACCGUUCUGGUAUAAAGAGAGCCGCUUGGCAAAUUCAACACCACAAUGAUACCAAGAGUGGUUGGUUAGUUGGUGUGGAUGAUUUCGGUAACAAGUAUUAUGAAACUGAUGCUCCAGAAGAAAUCCAUAUGAGAACCAGAUGGGUUGAAUAUAAUCAAUGGAACUUUGAUAUGUCCCAAGUUGAACCAGGUUGGCAUUACUGGUUGGGUUACGGUACCAACACCCCACCUAACAGAUUACCUGCAGACCAAAUAGCUCCAAGAGCCUAUCCACUUUCCGUACACAAACCAAACUACACCAAUAAAGCAGGUGCUUAUGUUCCUUACAACACUGCUAAACCUAAGUUCUCUUCUUGGGCUCCUGAAGUAAAAGAAAGAGUUUAGAGAGGGGACGGUGUUACGAGAGGUGUAUGUAUUUUUAGGAAGGCAUUCUUUUGCAUUUUGAUGAGACUAGAUUCAAUCUAGCUUCAACAAUUAAUUGAGUUUGGGAUAGUGUCAAUGAGAUAUACAAAAAAGCACAAGUUAUUGUGCUAUUCCUAAACCAGAAUAGUCAAUUUUUGUUGGCACGAAAUUUUUUUAUAUCUAUAUAUAUUUAUACGUUUUACAGAAUAUAAUCAUAUUUUC